AUUUAUUAUUUCAACCAUACAUAUAUGUUUUCUCUUAAAUUAUAAUAAUUUCGGGUUCGGGGUUCAGAAACGCAAACCAAAGCCACGGGAAGUAAACAAAGUUGAAGCUUUGAAUUCUGCUGAACAUAAGAUGGAGGGAGCACAGAAUGAUGAUGGAGAUGAAGGCUUCGCUGAAGAUAACACACCAGAUGAUGAACUGGUCCCCAUGGAUGUUAAUCUGACAGCUGGGGCUGAGGGGGAAGAUGAAGUAUUAAAUGGACCAAAGGCUACAGUAUUCUACACGACCGGUGACCAGGGGGAGGAGAAGGAAUUCUCUAAGGAGGAGGUGGAGGAGAUGAUGAAAUCAGACGCCUAUCAGAGGAAGAUUGACACCUGUCAUCUAUGUGGUAAAUGUUGGUAUGAUGGUAAAUCGAGUCAGAAUUGUCGUGAAUGUGGAGGUUACCCCCUACAGCGCCCCUGUCCUAUAUGUGACGGUCGCUGUAAAAAGACCUGGACCAGGAACGUCAAGUCCUCACAUUCUUUUCAUGAGGCCCAUUGGGAAGGUACAUGUAGCUUGCCUCCAAAUCUUCAGAGAGCCUACUUCAUGGAGAAAUUCACAGAUUCCUCGGAGAAGGUCAUAAUGGAGGGCAUGCAGGAUUUAUCAACAAGAUAAUACAAGUUCCUCUUGAAGCAAGUCAAGGACUUUUUUUUGACAGAAUGUUGAAGCAAUGUUGUUGACAUUUGUAUGGAUCUUAGCAUAAUAAGUGUAUUUAUAGCUUUAAAAAGCCUGACUAAUGUGAUAAUUUUAUUCAUUUUGCAGAUAGUUUAUAGGUGUUUUGAUACAUAUUUCUUACCAUUUGAGUUGCUGGAUUAACUAUCAGAUGGGGUUAAAUGUGCAUUACUUUUGUGCUAUAUUUUUCAUUCAGUG